UUAAAAAUGUGUUCAUUUAACUUUUCUUUACUGAAACCAAUUAAAAAGAUCCUGCAGCAUCAGUUUCCUUACAUGACCUCAAUCAUUACGGCCCGUCGUGAAAAAUGAUUGACAUGAAAACCAACAAAUGAUUAGAAAAGGUCAGAAAGUAUUGACAGAAGGAUUUGCCCAAUCAGGUUUUGGAUUAAACUAGUAGGCGGGGUUUACAAUUGGUGCGUUCGUUACAGUACCUCGCCUGAGCCCGGUUCUUGGGCGUACAUUCAUAGAUGGGGAAAUUCACACUCCGGGAGUUCUUUCAUGGUUGAAAAGCGGUCACUUUUAAAUACAAUGGAGUGUUUUUAUUGAAUCAAACUAUCUGUGUUGAUUUGACUAUUUCCUGGAAGCUGCCCGGGAGCUUGAUUCGACCCUCAUCACAUGGACAGCAGCGGGUCCGGACAAACCUAAUGCACCCGCUGCCGUGUUUUGUUGUUUUCCAGCGGUGUAUCGUGUUUGGCCUGUCAAACUAACCGUGUGACUUUUUGCUGAAACGACGAGACUGGAUUAUCAGGGAUGCACAUGACUAAAAAGACCAGGAACACAAUGAAACCUCCAUCACAGUCACCUCCUGUAAGCAGUUUAGUAUUUGAUGGCGUCUAUAACAAUGCCAGAAUGCUCCAUUUCCUCACAGCAGUGGUGGGCUCCACCUGUGAUGUGAGAGUGAAAAACGGCACAGCCUACGAGGGAGUCUUUAAGACUUUAAGCUCACAGUGUGAACUGGCUGUGGAUGCUGUCCAUAAACAGAGCAAUGGAGAUGGUGACGGAGGAGGAGGAGGCGAGGAAGGAGGAGGAAGCCAGUCCUCUCAACCCAAGAUCGAAGAUAUCACAGACACCAUGAUCUUUAGCCCCGCCGACCUGGUGACCAUGACCUGCCGCGAUGUCGACCUAAACUUUGCUGUCAGAGACACGUUCACUGACACGUCUAUCAGCGCAACCCGGGUGAACGGGGACCACCGGGAGAAGGUCCUGCAGAGGUGGGAUGGAAACGGAAACGGAGAAAACUUUGAGCUGGAAGCAGACGCGUCUAACGGCUGGGAUGCCAACGAGAUGUUCAAGUUCAACGAGGAGACGUACGGCGUCAAGUCCACCUACGACUCCAGCCUCUCCAUGUAUACCAUGCCUUUGGAGAAGGGCACCUCUGAGGGAUUCCGUCAGAGGGAAGCGCGAGCCGCUCGGCUGGCCAAUGAGAUCGAGGGCAGCCUGCAGUACCGCCGGCGUGUUUCUCUGGAGAACGACGAGGGCCGCAGCGAGGAGGACAAAUACAGCUCGGUGGUGAGGGAGAGGGAGGAGAGGGCGAGCCCCGGCUUCAUCCCCACCGGCAGGGAAGGUAAAUACAUUCCCCUCCCUCAGCGGGCUCGAGAGAUCGGAAUGGGCCGGUCCGGGGCCUCCGGGCGCACCGCCCCCCCCUCCUCCUCCAGACACCCCCCGGCCGGUGCCUCCUCCCCCAAACCCCCGUCUGACCGCAGCAGCCCGCUGUCCGUCAGAAACUCCUACUCUCCCCACCAAUCACAGGGCAGCCCACCCGCGGCCGGCAGCCCUCCCUGCACCAAUCACGUCCUCCCGAACUCCCUCUCUCACCCACAGGCCCUCGGUGACAACGCACGCUCUUCUGUCAACGGAGGUAUGGAGGUUUAAAGAUACCAGUUUUGAGAA